AUGAAUGUGAGCUUGCCUUACCGCUACGGAGCGCGACGGUGGUGCUGAUGAUGAGCCUAGCCUGCGCGCAGAGGUACGCCCGAGUCGGAGGCAGUGGCCUCGUCUGAGGACGAGCGUCCCUGGCCUUCUUCGAUGUCGUUCGGGAAAUUUCCCUUGAAGGAGGACAGUGUGCCGGGCUUACCUGGAGGGAUCUGGUCGCAGAAGCGUCCCAGUUUCAAGAUGGAGAUGGCGCCGCGGCCUGCUGUUGCGGUCGCUCGAGAUGUUCGUCUGGGUGCUGUCAAUCCGGCUCACGCGGCGGCGUUCCGUGGGACUCCUUCUCCUUCUUCGACGGGUGAUGGUUCUGGAUCGUUGCCCUUUGCUAUUCCUUUGCAGCCGACACCAAAGGCAGGUCGUUCACUGUCUCACUCGCAGGGGCAGCGUGAAGUUCUCCAGGGAGCUGGUGGUGCGCAUGCAGGCGCGGGAGCCGGACAGGGAGCAGCACUUCCGCUUGGCCUACUAACGGAAGAAGUUGAUACGGAGUCGGAUUCGGACCUGGAAAAUGUGCUCACGCAUACUAAUUCGCAUCCCCCUAUUGGAUCAUUGAUGCGUACAACAACUCUACCCGCUACCUACCGAGGCUACCAGGGACCGAGCAAUGGCAGAGACCAUCCGAAUGGACGCUCUCCGCCCCAUCAAGGCGUCUCGCGGGGAAAGACGUUUGAAUCCGCCUUCUCACCCAUCUCGCUAGGUAAGUACUGGACAUGGUGGAGGAGCCUACGAGCGUUGUGGAGAGCGCAUCUGAACGAUAUCUGACGCGUUCGUGCCAAAAGAACACCCACGACAUCGAGCCCAAUGGCAGAGCCAUCUCGGCUGGGACGUCCCAGCUGGCAUCAACGAAUCGCGACGACACUCUCUCGCCGACAUUCCAACUCGCCGUGGCUCUGUCGCAGGCGGCGAGCCAAGUCAUCUCAGCAGGAGCUAUACCAUUAACGACGCCAUAGAGGACGAACCAGCACGUAAGUUUGCCUUCAUCUCCUGAUCCGCCCCACCAUUACGCCCUCGUGCCCUCACACCGUUCUACCCUCGCGCGCAAGCAAGCAAUCAGGCGCCAACGCGGCCAAACAGCCGCUGCUGUGAAUGAUGUUGUUGCCUGCGCCACAUCCUCACUUGCAGCCCCUGAAUGCUAUACCACUCUGUCGCGUCGCCCUCACUUUCACUUGACUCUUUCACAGUUUUCUCCGCAUCUGAGCUCUGCACAACAUCAACGACUUCGUUGGCAACACGCAGAACAGCAUACAAACGUCGCCCAUCAAUAGCAUCGAGAUCGAGCGCUGCUAACACGACUUUCCACCAGAAUAUCAACAAUUCGGCCCUGACAGAGCGAUCGAUACAGCGAACGACCCUCAGCACGUCGGCUCUCGCGCACAGAGAACCCCAAACAUCAUACCUCCUAUGUACAUCGCCCCACCUGUUGAACUCACCGCGCACGAACAAGGCGAGAUGGACGCGCAGCGACAGGUGACCCAGGGCAUCCACUGGGGGCCAGGCACCGGACGGCCGAAGAAGCAGCUCUACGUCGUGAGCUUCAAGUGCUCGCGUGUGGACGUCUUCUACCUGCUCGACAACACUGGCCUGGCCGUCAACGAGGGCGACAUGGUAAUUGUCGAAGCCGACCGCGGACAAGAUCUUGGCACGGUGCAGCACGCCAAAGUCACCCCGGACGCCGCGCGCCUUCUCAAGAAGAAGUACUCCGAGGAGCAGUACAAGUGGCUCAUGAUGUACAGCCGCAACAAGGAGGGCGGCUUGAACCCGAACGCACAACUCCACGGCGAGAGCGAGGGCUUUGGACGCCUCUUCCCCGACGCGCCAACGACGAUGCAGGGCACGAUUCCGCGCGACAAUUACAACAACCUGAAGCCCAAGGCGAUCAAGCGCCUGGCGAACGACCACGAGAUCAAGAUGUUGGCGGAGAAGGAGGGCAAUGAGGCCAAAGCGAAGCGUACCUGCCAGCAGAAGGUAGCGCAUCUCCGUUUGCAGAUGGAGAUCCUUGAUGCGGAAUGGCAAUGGUGAGUGAUCAUGUCGGCAGAGUGCAAGUGAGGUUUCACAGUUGCUAACGUAAGCAUGCAGGGAUUUCCAAAAGCUGAUCUUCUACUACUACGCCGAUCACUACAUCAACUUCAAGGACCUCAUCACCGAGCUCUACCGCAUCUACAAGACGCGCAUCUGGCUUUCUGCCAUCAACCCGGCCUCCUUCUCUCAACAUGCCAUGGGUCAGCCGCCAAGCGGUAUCGGCCCCGGCGCCGUUGCCCCCUUCAACCCUUACGCGAUGAACAAUUCCUACACCAUGGCGUACGGCGAGGAUCGCGACCCAUACGGCGCGCAGAUGCCAUAUCGCAUCCCUUACGAGACAUACACCCCGAACUGUAAGUUGAGACGGCGCGGAAUUUGGGAAGCAAACCUGGCUAAUCGCUGCACAGACCCAGCCAUUCCCGGCGUAUCCAACAGCUUUGCGCCGGCUCAAUUCCCCAACGGUCAGAACUACCUGUUCUACGGUCCGGGUCCUGGUAACGGCCAGAAUCAGGGAAUGACGUCCUCGCCGCAGAUUGCCGACGACACGACUCCGACGUCUGCGCAAGGCCCGGCACCGCGAUCGAGCAAUCUCAUGGACUACAACUUCUUCCCCAGUAACGACGAGCACUACUCCAUGGGCGUUGGCAAGGACGCGGCUCAACCAAUGGCGUCAAUGAUGUCUGAUAUGGCCAACGUGUCGCUCUCCGACCCAUUCAGCAAGCAGUUCGGGACGGGCUUUGCUCCACCAUACAAUGGCCAGGCCCAGACAGGCGCUGGUCAGCAAGCCCCAGGAGCACAGAACAGUCCAUGGACCGCGAAGGUCCCCAACUCCGCCGGUGGAAUGGGCCGGCCAAAUGUCUUGCCUAAUCCCAUAGGCACUGCUCGUCCGCCCUCGCAGUGCCAAGAGUACGGCGCGCUUGCCGACAAUCAGCGUCGCGCAACUGUCGACUUUGCGUCUUCUCAGUUCCGCGGUCUUGACACCACCCAGGCCGCCAUGGGUCGUCCGAACUUCCUCGCCGAUUCAGCGCAUCCCAGCAACACGGGCAACGACAGCCGUGCCAACGUCGUACAAGCAUUCAACUACCAGAACGUCGCGAAGGGCAGUCGUAGAGAUAGAGAGGAGGCUGCUGGACGCGUCGGUACCAUGGAUCGCUACUUCUCUCAGCUCCCACCACCGACCGACAUAGGCAACAUGCAUGCGGACGAGAUGUCGCGCGAGCGCUGA